GAGCCUGUUCUUAUGAAGUACCUGGAGGAGGUUCCAAGUGGUUGUCCCACUAUGCCCAGCCUGUUCAGACCUCCUGCUACCCCACCUGGGCCUGUUUCCUGGACACCUUCCUUAGACAAGGUGGUGUAGUGGAGGGAUACCCUCCCUCAGACAGUGUUACCUGUCUAACAGUAGACCUGCUACUGCAGCCAGACGGGGAGGUCACCGUGCUGUCCUGUGGAGACCAGCUCCACGGCCCCAGUGAGUUGGAGACUGCAGGAUCCUCAGUGCCUCAAACCUCUGUGUGUCCUGAUGCCCUGCACACCCUCUGUCUCCGUGUGGGACAGGCCUGUCUUCAACGACACAUCAUCGGACAUGUCUCUAUGGACCUGGCCACAUUCCUGGACCCUAGGACACUGGAGCAGCAG